CUGACGCUGCUGUUAAACAUCAAUCUGUUGUUCACAUGUUGCCUAGCUAUUCACUUGGCCCUUAUUACGUGGAUAUAUUAUGGAGAAAGACAUCUAAUAGAUGUUUAACUUCAUGGAGUGAUGAAGUCUCAUGGUUAUGUUUGAGUUUUGUGUCCACAUUGCCCAUUCAUGUCAAAAUACGCCCUCUUUUGUUGGAGGUAAGCUACUAGCAGGCAGAUCUCCUUUUGUCAUAUGGCUAUGAAGAUGACUUAAAAGCCCUUAUCCCACAUGUCCCUCGACGUUACCAAUGCCUUCUCAUGUCUGCUACUUCAAGGUUGCAAGCUGGGGUGCUUACUUGUUGAAAAGAAAUGUAUUGGCAAUGUCCUUUGCACUGAGGGACUCACAUGAGGCACAAGUGCAAUUUGCUUUGGAAAGAGGUGUGCCUGCAGUUAUUGGUGUGCUUGGAACCAUACAGCUCCCUUACCUAUCUAGAGCCUUUGACAUGGCUCACUGUUCGCGUUGCUUAAUCCCAUGGGAAGCAAAUGGACUCCAAAAGCCAACAAAAAUUGCUGGGACAAGGUGGUGGUUGUGAUGAUGAUGAUGACUCUUCACUACUAACUCCCAAAGAACAACAAUAGGAGAAUUCAAAGGUGAUGAUGAUGAGGUACAUGAUAUAUGUUCUUGUUUGGUUCAGAUGCUGCCAGUCUCUGUUGGCUAAGUGGCUGUUUUUGAUCCAGAGUUUCGUAUGUCUACAUGUUCUAAGGGGAUGAGGAUAUAUACUCUGUUUUACCUAACUUUUUUUAAAAAAAAAAUUGUGAUUCUGUUUUGUUUUGAACAAACUUUUUACGGGAUUUAUGCUUUUUAGGAAGGAAUGUUGUUUUUAUAAAUCCUGCUUAUGAAAUGUUGCUUUUGUUA